AUGAGCAAAACGGGAGAAAGUGCUAACGUUGAAAAAGACAAAUCUGCCGAAAUCGUGCUAGAUCCGACACAAAUUGUAACAAAUGGAGCACACCAUUCGUCGCAUACCUACAGUGAGGCACUCGCCGUUGUAGGUCAAGGAUGGUUUCACACGCUGCUGAUGUUCGUUACCGGCCUUUGCCUGAUGAGCGUGAUCAACGAAACAGUCAACGUAGGCUUCAUCAUCUCCGCCGCCGAAUGUGACCUGGACCUCACCUUCAGCGACAAAGGCGUGCUGAAUGGGGCCGGAUUUUUGGGCGUCGUGUCCAGCUCCUACAUCUGGGGCUUUCUGUCCGACACCUGGGGACGUCGCCGGGUACUGCUGUUGGCGUCGACCGGUGCACUCAUCACCUCGGUCCUGUCCACCUUCUCGCCGCACGUAUGGGUACUGAUAGGAGCACGGUUUCUCGUCGGUGUAUUUGUGUCGGGCAAUGCGGCAACCUCGUACGCGUACCUAGCCGAAUUCCACGGUGAAGCAUCCCGGUCGAAGGUGAUCUCCUGGGCAGCCAUGUUUAUGGCGAUCGGGCUAAUUUUCCUACCGUCACUCGCCUGGCUAGUCAUACCGCUCGACGAACGGUUCGAGCUGCGGCUGUUCGGCAUGCGGUACGCGAUGUGGCGCAUCUACAUGCUGCUCUGCUCGCUCGAUCUGAUACUCAUCAUCGCCGGUCUGCUGUAUCUGCCCGAGAGUGGAAAGUUUCUGCUCACCAACGGCCACCGGGAGAAAGUGGUGCAAAUUUUGGCCAAAAUCUAUCACAUCAAUCAGGGCAAACCGGAGCACACAUUCCCCGUCAAGUCGAUCACCUUGGACGCGAUCGAUGCUGCGUACGCGGAUGAGUUGCAGCGCCGGUCCAACCAGGGCCUCCGGUACCUGUGGCACCAGACCGUGCCACUGUUUCGGAUCCCGCUGCUCUGGCACACGAUCAAGGCGUCCGUGCUGAUGUUCGGGCUGUUCGCCUCCUCGUCCGGUCUGUUCCUGUGGGUACCGGACAUCCUCAACACGUACCUUCAGCACGAGGAUAUGCAGCUGUGCGACGUGAUAGCGCUGAUGCACGCGAACAAAACGGCUGCCCGGAUGGAACCGACGGCCAGCACCUGCCCGAUCGCGAUCAACGCGAAUAUCUUCCUCAUUACCACCGCGAUGGGUGUGAUCUUUCUGGCGUGCUACAUACUGAACGGGCUGAUCAUCAACCGGGUCGGCAAGACGACACUGCUCAAUGGAUGGUUUGUGGUGUGCGGUAUCUGCGGGCUCGCCGUACUGUGGACUUCCGAUUUCUAUCUGACGCUGAUACUGAUCGCUGCCUUCGUCUCGUCUGGCUGCCUCGGUGGCGUCCUAAGUGCAAUAUCGGUCGACCUAUUUCCGACUAAUUACCGGGCAAUGGCGAUGUGCCUGAUUCUUAUGACCGGCCGGUUUGGGGCAAUGGCCGGCAGCAACAUUAUCGCCUAUCUGCUCGCGUACAACUGCAAUCUGAUCUUCAUUCUGUUCGGCGGUUCACUGCUAGUUUGUGCUCUAAUUGGAGCAACCUUAACGGAAACGUGACAGCAAACUAUUCCAAAAAUGUUGAAUUGC